AUGAAGUUCUUCAUUGCUGUUUUGGCUCUUGCCGCCACUGCCAUUGCUAGCUCCCUCUCCGAAGACGGCGCCAAAAUCUGCGGCGAAGACCAAACAGUUGUCUGCUCGGGCAAUGGCGUGGGUAAAUUGAUCUCCUUGGGCAGUGUGGGCGAAGGCAUUGCUGGCGAAAGCUGCUCUCCAGGUAACAUUUACUGCUGCUCGAAGAAGUAUGUGAGCGAGUUUGGCCUUGUCGACGUUGGUCUCAAUCUGCAGUGCACCCUCAACCGCGUUGGGUAA